ACCAAGAUGCUCUGUGUGGGUAUUUUUGUGGGAUUGUUGUUAGAGUCCUGGUCUUUACCUGUGCAGAACUCCUCAUUGGUCCAUCAGACAAGGCUGAGGAUGAAGAGAGAAUAUGCAGAGCAAUACGUGGGCCCAGAGGAGAUGAAUGCCAUGGACAGGAUCCUCAGAGUAAAUCAACGUAUAGGUUUUCCAUUACUGGAGGGUGACAUAGUGACUUCAGGAUCCCACAGUGUCAUUAGAUGUUUAGGAGAUGCUUGCCGCUGGCCCAAAUCUGUUGACGGUUUUGUGUAUGUACCUUACAUCAUGUCACCAUUAUAUGAUGAUAUGGACAGAAUCACCAUAGAAACAGGAAUGUUGGACAUUUCCUCUGCAACAUGUGUGAAGUUUGUGCCUCGCACACAUCAAGCAAACUUCCUCAAUAUCCAGUCUAGAUCUGGCUGCUGGUCAUAUCUUGGAAUGAUAGGAGGCAGUCAGACGGUGUCUUUGCAGUCUCCGGGCUGUAUGUGGUCAGGAGUGGCGUCCCAUGAAAUAAUGCACGCUCUGGGAUUUGUACACGAGCAGUCCCGCUCUGAUCGUGACCACUAUGUUUCCAUUCUGUGGGAAAACAUCAUGGAGAACCAAAGGCACAACUUUAGGAAGUAUGAGACAAACAACCUCAAUACAGCAUAUGACUACAGUUCUGUCAUGCACUAUGGGAGAUAUGCCUUCUCAGAGGAUGGGGGACCCACCAUCAUCCCUAAACCAGACCCUUAUAUUCCCAUUGGCCAGCGAGAUGGACCAAGUCUUCUGGACAUUCACAAAAUAAACAUCUUGUAUAACUGUGCUGGCUUUGUGUGAAACAUAAUUUAUAGAAGAGUUAUAUGGAAUGGACCCACCAUAAUUCACUGGACAACAUUUAUUCACCUUUCCUUUUCAUUUUAUCAUGAUUUUCAAAUUUGACUUUUUACAUUUGAAAAUGUAUGUUUUAAACUAAGACAUAAGAUAUAUUUUGAAACAAUUUAGUUACAUAACAGAUCGUGUUACAUCCUGUGAACUAUUUUACAGCACAAUACCAGAAAUGCAUUUUUUGGCCAAUGACAUAUAAAAGUAUCCAUGAUAAAGAACAGGAAAAACCUUUUAAAAAGUCUAGUUUAAAACACGUGUUGUGUUUUUAGAAAUGCACUUUUUUCAUGUUGGUUAUGGUUUACCAUUUUUGACAAAAGUUUAAAUUGAAUGACCCUUAAAAUGGCAUGUGGUAUAACCAAAAAAAUCCAUAAAACACCUUAAAUACA